AGAAAGCUUUGUUGGUUACAGGAGAGAGAGAGAGAAAACAGAGAAAAGAGAGGUGUGAGAGCAUAGAGGAGAGUUUGGCACACGGACAGACACGCAGAAAAGAAGGGGGCGCUUGUUCCCCCCCCCCCCCCGACCCCCCCUUCACCUCCUCUCCCUUCAGCUUUAAAACAGCUCUUUGAAGAGGAGGAGAGGGGGGCCGUCCUGUACACCCCCAUCCAGCCCGGACUGUAAGGAGCGUUUAGUGAGCCGACGUGAACCCAGAUCCCAGAUACAGCACAGAGCUGAGGAGCUGACAGAGCGCAGGCAUGAACGACAUCAAGCUGGCCCUGCUGGGGAGCCCGGGGGCCGGGAAAUCAGCUGUCCUCGUGCGGUUCCUGACCAGACGCUUCAUCGGGGAAUAUGCCUCAAACGCCAAUUCCUUGUACCACAAAAGGCUGUCGAUCGACGGCAGGCAGCUGAAUCUGGAAGUUUUUGACCCCUGCUCUCAGAGCUCUGAGGCCAGGUGUAUCCUGGAGGAGCCGGUGGACUGGGCAGACGGCUUCGUGGUGGUGUACAACAUCAGCGACCGCAGCUCCUUCAUCAACGCCAAGAACAUCCUGCGGCAGAUACGAGAGGCGCGCAUGGACAACUGCAAAGGGGAGGUCGAGGUUGCUGUGUGUCUGGUCGGCAACAAACAGGACCUGUGUCACGCCCGGCAGGUCCGAGAAGACGAGGGCCGCUGCCUGGCUCAGGAGAACCGCUGCAACUUCCAGGAGGUGUCAGCGGCCGAGAGCUACCAGGACAUCGCCAACCUGUUCACCCAGCUCAUCCGGCAGGUGAUGGAUCACCUCAAGUACAGGGCCGACCGACGGCGCUACAGCGGCUCCAAGUCGAUGGCGAAGCUCAUCAACAACGUGUUCGGCAAGAGGAGGAAGUCAGUGUGAUUCCAGAGAGAAAGGGACUGUGAUUUAUGUUUGCUUAAGGGACCCUGGCCAAGAGGUUACAAGCUGCCCUGGAAAAGUGAUUUAACAGACAAAUUAACCCUGCGUUCACUGUGAGCAACAUGAAAGGUCAUUGGAGGGUUAGUAUGGUGUCUGUUAGCGUGACGCUACCACCUAUAUUGGCAAUCACAAGUCAUUUACAAAUCCUUUGUUUGUUGUUAUAUUUUUGCACAAGAUGUAUUUCUAUGCUACUUUAAAAUGACUAAUGAAAUUGUUCUGAAGCAAAGCAGGUUGUUGGGGUCAGGACAGACAGAAGGACUUGCAAGGUGAUAAACAGGGCGUAAAAAGCAUGAACCGUUAUGUUGUACUGAUGAGGAUGAAGUGGGGUUCAACAUACCGUAAAGCUUCACGGUGUCGCAAGGUUGGGAACAAUUUAAUGAGGGUAAUGCUCAAAAUAUUUCAGUGUCAGAACCAAAUUGCAAUCACCAAGAAGGGCUGAGUGGCCACUCUUCAAGUGGCCACUUGGGGCUGGCUCCAAAAGUGAGUCAAUCCCCACUAGGCCCCAUAUUAAUCUGCCCGUUGUGUCAGCAGCAGUAAUCAUUUUUAUAGUCUUUUUUUUAAAAUCAGUUUAGCAAAUGUUUCUACUUAUAGAUACGAUACACUUUGUUUUCCUCUUGGGGAAAUUCGUCUUGGACUCACAGUGCUGCCAAACAUUCAGCUGCUUCCACUCGAAUAAAUAAAUAAAAACAAUAGAAAUACACAAGCACAUGUAAACAGAAAGGCACAUACCAAUGCAAGACAACACAACAUAUAUUGCACAUUACCAAUAUUGCAAAAGAUCUGCAUAAACACAGCAUGAGAGAUUAUGCUAACUGUACAGACGCUGACGUUUAACUCACCCUUUUCAUUUAUAUUCAGGCUUAUGUCUGCAUAAUUAAGGGUGUAGUGGGUUCAGCUAGCUGUCUGCAAUGCUUCACCCCAGAUAAUUCAGUCAGAGUGUGUGAAACACACAAAACAC